GCUGAUUGCAAAAUCAGUAUAUAAAGAUCUUCAUUAUUUGUUUACUGAUAGGAGUUCCAGUUUCUAGUAUCUAUUUUCUAGUCAACACUAAUUUGUUUUUCUCUGUUUUACAUAUAAUUACUAUAUUUACCACUCUAUUUGUGCAAUUACUGCUCUUAAUUUCCAUCUCAAUCUCAAUUCAAACUAGGUUUUAACUACUGUUUUUGAUUAUCAACUUCCACAACUCUACAGCAAAAAUACAUUUUACAAAAAAAACAACUGAAAAAUGACUGAAGAAGUAUCCCAAAAGCUAAACGAUUUGACAAUCACCGAUGACAAAAAAAUAAUUGACGAUAAAACUACAACUACAACACUAACAAAAUCUACGUCAAACACAAAUUCGGCAACAGAUUCAACUACAAAUAAUAACGCUCAAUCUAAAGAACCAGUUUCAAUAUUUUCUUCAAAACACUUUACUGCUUACCACCCGUUAAAUUCCAAAUGGACUUUAUGGUACACAAAGCCUCCAACAAACAGAAAUGAAUCAUGGAAUGAUUUAUUAAAACCCGUCAUCACCUUCUCAACUGUUGAAGAAUUUUGGGGAAUUUACAACGCUAUCCCAUCCGCAAAUGAACUACCAAUAAAAUCAGACUACCACUUAUUUAAAGAAGGUAUUAGACCCGAGUGGGAAGAUGUUGUAAAUUCAAAAGGUGGUAAAUGGGCCUACCAAUUCAAAGAAAAAAGUAAAGUUGACAUCAAUGAUUUAUGGAUGAGAUCCGUAUUGGCUUUGAUUGGUGAAACAAUUGAAGAAAACGAGGAAAACGAAGUCAAUGGUGUUGUAUUGAACGUCAGAAAAGUCUUCUACAGAAUCGGUUUAUGGACUAAAAGCUGCGACAAAAAAUCUUUAGAACCAAUUGGUAAAAAAUUUAAAACAAUUCUAAAAAUAAGAGACGACGAUCAAGUUGAAUUUACUUCACAUGAUGAUGGUGACACUACUGCUUCAAAGAAAUCUUUCCAUGUUUAAUGAUCUCCCACUUUCUCACUUAAUCUGAUUAUAUAUCAUUUUAUAAUUUAUCUUUUCAGCUUUUAAACCAAUUUAACUAUUACUUAAUUACUAAAUAUUUAACCGCUGUUAUAGCUAAUCAUAUUAAUACACUUUUCUUUUCUGUCUCUGUUUGUUUGCAACACCACUCAACAGAAAACAAAUAAACUCAAAACCGAUUCAUCUAAACUGACCUCUAAUCUACUCAAACACAAUUCAUAUAAGCCGACCUCUAAUUUACUCAACUCUUAAAAUAACUGUUUGCAAAAAAGAAAGCACUAUAUUUGCC